AUGGAGACUAGAAGCGGCAUUAUAGAAGCUGAAGAUUACUACACAUCCAUCAAUAACGAAGAAGUUCAAAGCAGCUUUCGAAGUCUCGACGAUCCAGACUGCAUCGACUACCUACUCAAUGCAGCUCAAUCUAGCGAGAGGGAGAAUUUCGUGCUCGACUUUAGCGAUCGAGCGGCAUACUGUGCUUUCGACCUUGCUCAAGACUCCUUCGCCGCCUUGCUCGAUGCAGAAAGGCCUGCGGCGCUGAGCACUCGCUGGGUCAACAUAUGGCGUCCGUUCCAACAUUCUGCAGUCAUCGAGCUUCUCGCCAGACGUUACGACUUCUCACCACGUCUCCUCGCGCUGAUGUGCUCAGAUCCCAAAGCUCCAAGACAUUCCCAAUCUCGCACCACUCUGUCAAAGUCAACACAGAAGCGAGGUUGGGGACGUCGCUCACCCGCAUCAAGUGCGCCAGCAGAGAACGAAUACUUCAUCGACCAAGACGAGCUCUCCGCCCACUCGACCAUCUCCAGCAAAGACUCCUCCUUCCAAGGCAACCUCUAUAAAAUCGUCGACGACAUCUGGCACUACUCCUCCAUCGACCUCGGCCGCAGCUACAUCUGCGUAGGCUACAAUACACUCUACGGCACCAAAACUCAAACAUCCUCCUCUGCCACUACCUCCUCUGCCACCACCGAAGACUCCCCCCUCCCCGACGUAACCCGAAUCUGGACCUGGCUCAUACUCUGCGAAAACUCCACCGUAAUCACCCUCCACGAAGACCCCUUCCCCUUCUCCCACCCCACCGCUCUCUCCCACCUCCAACUCCGAAUCCUCUCCACCACCCGCCAAAACCUCCUCAACGUCUUCCGCUCCCUCUCAACUCUCCACUCCAUCCCUCUCCUGUCCCACAACCCCUUUGCCCUGCUCCCCAUCCGCACCCGUCUCGGCUGCACCCCCUCCGAAACCGCUCACCGUCCCUCCGACGCUCCGGGAUUGCUGUUCUACUACCUCUUCGAAAACUGGCACAAUAGCUACACCCUCGUCGUACGCAAGGAGUCGCGGUAUGGUUCCGAGCUCGCUUCCUUGCGGAGGGAAAUGUUCGCUCAACCCCGGCUUCAUCAUAUCGAUCGGCUCGAUGGGUUGGGGAAGGAAUUGAAUGUUCUGAAACGGCAUUAUGAGUCGUAUGUACGACUUAUCGACAGGAUACUGGAACCCCAACUCCCUACCGCCGCGAGUCUGAAUAAUAGCCAAGUCGUGGGGAGUAGUGCGGAUAGUCGGCUCAGUCUGGAUACCGUGCGGCCGGUGGUACUGGAAAAGGACAGCCUGCUUGGCGUAGCUCUCAGCUCUGCGCCACGAGCGAGGUUUGGACGGUUGAGGGACUUGAUCCGGUCGUAUGCGUUGGAGGAGGUGGAGGGGUAUUUGAAGGAGAAGGAGGGGUUGGUGGCGAUGAAUUUCUCCCUCAUCUCUAUCAGGCAGUCGCAGUCGGUCGAUCGACUAACGAGGGUGACACUGUUGUUGACGAAAGCUACGAUUUUGUUCUUACCGGUUUCGUUCAUGACGGGCUUCUUCAGUGUGCCGUUGUCGGACUCGCAUCAGGAUGGAUAUACCAUGCAGACAUUUUGGGUGUGCUUCGCGGUGAUAUUCGCGCUGAGUUGGUUGGCUUUGUUUCUAUUCGGAGCUUUCAGCGGCAAUCUACAGACUGGCGAGGUGGUGAGGGGUAUCAUCAACGGGUUCGUGGCAUUGGGAAGGAUGAUCAGGAAAGCUCGUGAGCGGGGACGUUGA